UUAUACUGAGUCACUGUUAGGCCACAAUGAAUCCUUACAAAGAAUCUAGAAUGAAAACGGAUGAAAACAAAGAAUGCUAUUUUUACAAAUCAGUGUUUUAAGGUUAUUUGUGUUUGCACGAUAUUGGAAUAAGAAGCUACAUGUGUAGCACAUUCAACAUGGCUAAGCUAACACUGGCUGUGCAGCAAGUGCAUAUGUUGAAGAUAAUCAUAUUAUGUUGCGCUAUACAUAACACAAAUUCAGCUAAAAUAUUAACAUAUCCAUAUGCUCAAGGAUUUAACUCAAGAAUGAUGAACAUGGAGAAAAUGGCAGUCAUAUUGUCAGAAAAUAGUCAUGAUGUGUCCAUCAUUUCAAGUAGCAAGUACAAGGCAGUAGAAAGACCCAUUAAGGAUAUAACAGUGUAUCAAUUCUCUGUACCUAAUGACACCAUGCUGCUUACAGAUCAGGCAGUAUUAAACACAAUUCUUGAUGAGGGUGUCAGUCCUCUGGAGGUUAUGAAUGUAAUAGGGAAGUUGCACGUCACAUUCUGUGAAGGGUUACUAAUAGACAAAGCUUUACUGGAUACAUUGAAGAGAUCAAACUUUGAUAUGCUUAUAAUGGAUGUUGCAGAGCCAAAUGCGUGGAUACUUGCUCACUAUUUAGAUGUACCUAUUGUUUUGUAUGCAAAUGAGGGAGCGUAUACUGAUGUACCUUUUGGAGGACUAGGUCAAGUAGUGCCAUACUCUUUUGUCCCCCAUACAUUUUCCCCAUUUUCUGAUGAAAUGAACAUAUGGGAACGGUUUCAGAAUGUUUUGUUAAAUGUUGGGAUUCAACUGUACGUCUGGAAGACAUUUUCCUCAAUAAGUAAAAUCAGGAACAAGUAUAACAUUAAUGUGACUGUCGAUAUUUCUGAGCAGAAUAUACAGAGUACUGCACUGAUUUUAAGUAAUGAUCAUUUUGCAUUUGACUACCCUCGACCUCUUCUGCCAAACCAUAUUUACAUUGGAGGUUUGUACUAUUCACCUCCUAAAUCUUUACCAGACCACAUGGAGGCCCUAAUGCAAAACUCGGGAGAAAAAGGAGUGAUCAUUGUAGCAUUUGGGUCAACUCAGCAUCAAAUGUUAAAUAUAAAGCUCAUUGAAAUAAUGGCUGAAGUAUUUGCUGCUUUACCUCAAACAGUCAUCUGGAAAUACAGUGGUGCCUCUUUGAAAAGAUUGGGAGAAAAUACACAUGUGUUUUCUUGGAUUCCUCAAAAUGAUUUAGUCGGUCAUCAAAAAACAAAAUUGUUUGUGACACACUGUGGUGUGAGUUCUACUUACGAGAGCCUGUUACAUGGAGUACCUGUUGUUGCUAUACCGAUUGGAGUUGAUCAAUUCCAUCAUGCAUUACAGCUGACUAACAGAGCCAAAACAGGAGUACAAAUAAAAAAGGAUUUCACGAAUGAAGAACUUAAAAGCAGCAUAACAUCAGUGCUUGGAAAUGACACAUAUUUGAAGAAUGCUAAAUAUGUGUCUGAACUGAUGCAUGAUAAUCCCAUACCACCCAAGGACACAUUAUUAUACUGGAUUGAUUAUGUUGCUAGACAUAAAGGUGCAGACCAUCUCAAAUCUAAAGGAAUGAACCAACUCAACAUUUUACAGUAUUUCUUAUUGGACAUUGUAGGCUUCAUUAUAUUGGUCAUGUUUAGUUUCUUAAGCUUGAUAUUCUUUUUCUGUAAGUUGUGCAUAUGUAAGUAUUGCAACUUCAGGAAGAAGCAAAAGAGUGACUAAUGGCUGGUUGCUAGUGGAUAAUAAAAACAGUCAUAUCCUAUAAACAGAAAGACAAUUUCUUGUAUCAAAUACUGUAGAUACACUUAAUUUGGCUACCAUUUCAAUUUUUCUACAUUAAUUCUGCAUUAUUUUUAGAGAACUCCAGACAACAAUCUUGGUAAAUACACGUCGCAGUGAAACUAAUAUUGACAAAAAGGGAUCCAGCCAAAUUAAAAUUCAGUCCUGAAUCCGCCAAACUAAAUAGCAGCCAAUAUUUGAAAUUGAGCAAAUCCACCAAAUUAAGCAGCUUCAAAUCAAGUGUAUCUACAGUAGUUGAAUCAUGCAAAUGUUUCCUAGAUGGAUACUAAGAAAUAUAAGACUGUUCAAGUUAUAAGACUGUUCAAGUUUGUUCAAAAUACAGAUUUUGAGAAAUUGGUAAUGACAGAAAUUGUUCAAAAAAUAAUAUUAAAUCAUAACUAUAUAAAUU